GCAUGCAGGGGUGGGGGCUGUGGGCCGCGGCCGCCCUGACCCUCCUCUCUGCACAGGCCUUUCCACAAACGGACAUCAGUAUCAGCCCAGCCGUGCCUGAGCUGUCCCAGGCUUCCCUGUGCCCACUCUUCUGGAUGGAGUUCCAAGGCCACUGCUAUAGAUUUGUUCCUCUCAAUAAGACUUGGGCCGAGGCUGACUUCUACUGUUCUGAGUUCUCCAUCGGCAGGAAGUCCGCCAAACUGGCCUCCAUCCACAGCUGGGAGGAGAAUGUCUUUGUGUAUGACCUCGUGAACAGCUGUGUUCCCGGGAUCCCAGAGGACAUCUGGAUAGGGCUUCAUGAUCGUAGACAGGAAGGGCAGUUUGAAUGGACCGACGGCUCCUCCCAUGACUACAGCUACUGGGAUGGGAGCCAGCCCGACAACGGCGUCCACGCGGACCCAGAAGAGGAGGACUGCGUGCAGAUAUGGUACCGGCCCACCAGCGCUCUGAGGUCAUGGAAUGACAACGCCUGCAGCCGAAAGUUCCCCUUUGUCUGCAAGAUCACCUCUCUGACCGUUGGCUGAUCCGGUCUCCCCCUCUGGGAGCCAGCCCAACUCCAGGAUCCUCUGGUAGCCGUACCUAAUGUAAAGUUGGCACAAUAAAUGUAAAACACACAGAGGACAUAAAUCUCCCAGACAGAGAUGUUAAACAAGCAAAUCUUAGUGAUAGAGUGGUCACCUGGUCACAAGAGACAGGACACCCAAGUCAAACUGGCCUAAUAAAUAAAAAGGGGUUAUGGGAUUAUUGGUCCAAGUAACAAAAGUCCAGGGGUUUUCCUAGAUUCGGAGCUGACUCUCAGUGGCCUGGCUUGGGGCACGUGCCCAUUCCUGAGCAAUCCCUUUGGCAUAUGCUGGUUGGAUUGACCCUGCUUGGAUUCACGUCGCUGGGGCAGAGGGCACUGUGAGUCAAUAUCAUCUGAACCACGUGGGCCCAAAGAGGAAGCUCAUUCCCAAAGGAAAACAAAACUACUGCUAAAUUCAUACAUUUCUGGUGGGAAUGUAAAGUGGUGAAGGCAUUCUGGAAAACGGUUUGGCGCUUCCUCAAAAGGUUAAAUAUAGAAUUACCCUAUGACCCAGCAAUUCCACUUCUGGGUAUAUACCCAAGAGAAUUGAAAACAGGUAUUAAAACAUGAUGGUCAUGGCAACAUUAUUCCUAAUAACCCAAAAAGUGGGAACAUCUCUCAGCCACCACCCAUAUGAUCUCAUCCUGUGUGUCAGGGUCCCAACCAGCGCCCUGACCAGUGCAUAACACCCUGCCCUGGUUGGAGCUGAACUGCCUUUGAAGUUCGAUGAGUCCCAGGCUUGGUCUGCCCUCCUGCCAAAAGAGGUGAGAACUUCCUUGUCUACAACCAAAGAGGCUCUUUAGCUUUUACUCCUGGAGCCAAGUACUUGUUACCUGUCCUCGGCUCUUUGUCACCUUUCUGUAGAGCAUCAAAGCCUUGUGGCAAUAGCCAUCCAA